CUGAAGUUGAUGGGUCAGUCCAAAUGGGGUUAAGCUUUAGGCUUCAAGAAUGGUAUCACCAUAAUUUCUUGGUUGGUUGAUUCAGACUUCAAUUUAAUAUCAUGUAUUCCAAUUGUUUACUUCAACUCCACUCUGGAAUUUCAGCUUUCAAGGUUUCGCCAAGUUUCUCCCAUGGCCGGAAUGCUUCCAGGUGUAGAGUGUGCUCGAAGAAGACGGUUACAUCAAACCAAAGCAUGCUCGGAUUCACCGCCCAUCGCCGCCACUCGGACCUUAACCAGGAAAUCCAUUCUCUGCUUGUACACAAGCAACCACGAAACGCUCCUCGCUUCAAAUCCCUCUCUGCAAGGAAGCCUGCUAGUCGAGGCACAAGAAAACGAUAAUCUGGACGGAAUCGCGAGAGAGGCGAAGAGGAGAUUGGACGAGCGAUUGAGGAAAUCAGAGGAUAAAAGAGGGAUGGCGACGAGAAAGUUCAGUUGGACGAAUUGGAUCGCCGGCGAGAAAAACAAUUGUGGUCAGUGCUGGUGAUGAAGACGACUUCAUUCCAGUGGCUCCUUUCUCUUCUUCUUCUUCUUCUUCUUCUUCCUCUUCUUCCACACAGUGCUUGUUUUUAUUUAUUCAACACAGGAUGGGAUGAUAACUUUUUUUAUUUAGAACUGCUCGUAAUUUCCUCCAGAUUUUUCGUUAACUCGUGACGAAAAACAUUUGUAAAUAUGUUUUCUAAUGUAUGAGAUGUUAAAAUACAGAGAUGUUUUUGGUUUAUCUGAAUGAUUCUGCUUAUAAUU